AUGUGGAAAACCAUACGGAAAUUUGGACUGGAGUACUGUGACUUACCAACCAUGAUAUGGAACGUCUCUUCCAUGCUGAGGGUUCUGAAUCUCAACAUUGACCCUGGGAACACUAAACCUAUACCAACAACCUACUACAUCAUCACGGCGAUCGUAACUGCUAGUUACUUCUACGUGUAUCUGGUCUCUAUGGUGUGGUUCGUCUUCUGGAGAUGCCGCGAGACUGGUGACCUUACAGCUGGCAUGAUCGUUCUGUCACUCGGAAUCACCAGCGAAAUUGGCACCACCAAGCUCAUGUUCAUGAUGAUUUUCAGGAACAAGUUGCGCGAAAUAGUCGAACUCUAUCUGGAAUGCGAUUCUCACGUGAAUCCCGACAGCCGCUUCCUCCACAACAUGAUGAAGACGCUCAGACACGUAAAGAAACGAGCAAUGAUCUUUUGGUUGGUAAUAAUAGGCAAUGGGGUUGUGUACAUCGUCAAACCCGCUAUACAACCAGGAAAGCAUCUAAUGGAAGAUGUGUUUACGCUAUACGGCCUAGAACCUUCCACUGAAUGGCCGAAUUAUGAAAUCACAUUUGUCCUCAUGGCGCUGGGCGUAGUACAGACAGUUUACCUUCCUGCAAACAUCACCGCUUUUAUCAUCAUCAUCAUUGGCUACUCUGAAGCUCAGAUGCUCGCACUUAGUGAGGAGGUCUUGAAUAUUUGGAAUGAUGGCCUACACCACCUUAACGAUCACGUCAUUAUAGAUGCCUGUGCAGAUUCUAAUGAUCAGCUCACAAGCCUUGAAGAAAUAAUUUCUGCUAAUCGCAACAAUUAUGACCGUAUUAAUGAGUUCAUUAAGAUUCGCCUUCGUGAAAUCAUUAAAGUCCAUAUGACUAACAUCAACCUUGUACAACAAAUGGAACAGGUGCUAAGAGGAGCGAUCGCUGUUGAAUUUGGAUUAUUAAUCAUAGGUUUGAUAGUAGAACUGCUUGGUGGUCUGGAGAACACAUACAUGGAAGUACCAUUUGCGUUGAUGCAAGUAGCAAUGGAUUGUUUGACGGGCCAGCGGCUGAUGGACGCAAGCAUAAUAUUUGAGAAAUCCGUGUUUGCAUGCAAAUGGGAGAAUUUCAAUGUUGAAAAUAUGAGAACUGUGCUAUUGAUGUCACUGAUUUCGCAGAAGACAAUGAAACUGUCAGCGGGUGGUGUCACCAUGUUGAGCUUCAGUAGUCUAAUGAUGGUUAUAAGGUCGAUUUAUUCGGCGUAUACUGCUCUGAGACCGACAAUGAGUUAA